UCCGGAACGCUUGUGUUUUUUUUAAAUAAAGAACCUAACAAAUAUGUUUUGUCAAUACUAUCUUUAUAUUAUUGUCGCAUAAGUUGUAUCAUAAACGCAAUACAGUAAGACUUGGCGUUAAAGUAUUUAGAUUAUUGGUGCGUUUUCAACUAAUUGGUAUAUAUUUUGAAGGAGAGUUUAAAAUGCCUCCUGGAUUUAGCACGGGUGCUUUAUUGUUUUAUUCUGUGAUAUGUUGUUUGUUGACGGUGCCGGUCUAUGGACACGUACGGAUAACAUAUCCCCCGGCUCGCAAGUUCGCCUUGGAUUUUCUGGAUGUAGUGCGAACCCCGCCUCCUUGUGGAAUGCCGAAAGGUCUCGGCCCAAUCACGAACUUUCUAGCCAACGAAGAAGUCACAGUCACGUGGCAUGUGGCAUAUCCUCACAGGGGGGGAUUUGCGUUAAAUCUAUUGGCUGCAAAUGAGUCGGUUAUUCAUAGAUUCACAAAUGGCUUUAUUUCCACAACAGAUCCUACAAAACUGUCGUAUAAUAUAAUAAUACCAAACCUAGACUGCAUGAACUGUAGUAUACAACUUAUACGACAAGCUGGAGAAUGGUCAACCUCGUGUAAUAAUGGCAAAUACGACUUCUACUCAUGCGCAGAUAUCAACAUUAAAACUGUGGUGGACUACAACAGAUGUUCUGAUCACGGUAGUUAUAGCAAUGGACAAUGCACGUGUAAUAGGCUGUACUCUGGACCUGCGUGUCAAUACAAAGAUGAAUGCGAGGCGGAUUCAGAUUGCAGCAAUGGUGGAAAAUGUAUGAAAAAUGUUUCAACAUAUUACCCUAAAAAUCAGUGUUACUGUACUGCAGGCUAUUUUGGAAGAUCAUGCGAAAAACAAUCGAGUAUUACGUCAAUUUCAAAUAUAAACACAAAUGACUACGUACGGACGUCCAUUGCUGGUACAGAAGACUUCAAAAUCUACCACAGAAUUCUUCCGAGUUUAAAUGAAAUUGAGGUUGUACUACAAGUUGUCACCGAUACAUGGGUAGGCAUUGGGUGGAGAGGCCUAAACUUGAAUUAUCAAUGCAGACGUUUCCCCGCAAUACAUGACCUUCCUGAUGGGGAUGGAGAGGGCGAAGGAGAGGGUGAAGGGGAGGGUGAAGGAGAAGGAGAGGGUGAAGGAGAGGGUGAAGGGGAAGGAGAGGGUGAAGGGGAGGGUGAAGGAGAAGGAGAGGGUGAAGGAGAGGGUGAAGGGGAAGGAGAGGGUGAAGGGGAGGGUGAAGGAGAAGGAGAGGGUGAAGGGGAGGGUGAAGGGGAAGGAGAGGGUGAAGGGGAAGGGGAGGGGGAAGGGGAGGGUGAAGGGGAAGGGGAGGGUGAAGGAGAGGGGGAAGGAGAGGGCGAAGGGGAAGGAGAGGGAGAAGGAGAGGGUGAAGGAGAAGGGGAAGGAGAGGGGGAAGGGGAAGGAGAGGGGGAAGGGGAAGGGGAGGGUGAAGGGGAGGGGGAGGGCGAAGGAGAGGGUGAAGGAGAAGGGGAGGGUGAAGGAGAAGGUGAGGGUGAAGGGGAAGGAGAGGGUGAAGGGGAGGGAGAGGGCGAAGGAGAGGGUGAAGGGGAAGGGGAGGGAGAAGGCGAAGGGGAGGGUGAAGGAGAAGGGGAGGGAGAAGGAGAAAGUGGUGGAACAUGUGGAAGGGGUGGAAGCACACUUCAUGCUAUGGAUUGUACAGAUAUAAUUAUCGGCACGGCUAAAGGGAGCUACUCGAGAAUUGGUGAUUAUUAUACCCGAGACAGAUCGACACCAAGGUUCGACGCUUUCUAUGGAGGCAAAGAUAGUUUGACAGCAGCAGUCGGGCAGGAAGUUAACGGAAUGACAACGAUACUUUUCCGACGGAAGCUGAACACUUCUGACGUCACGGAUCAUGUCAUAACUGAUGCCGCGAUGCAUGUGAUUUGGGCACGUGGUCAAGUAGCAGGAAAUAUUCACCAUAAUCCAAGUUCCGGUCUGGAGCAUUCGUCUUCUUCACCAUCUAUACCAAAUUAUUAUUACACCGAUGAGCUGAAAUAUCAUGGAAGAGAAAUUACAGGAUCUUCUUACGGCCAUAGAGGGUCGCUAACGCUUAAUUUCUUCGAUGUUCCGAGUACAACCACACCGCCUACAACCGGAAGUUUCUGUGACGGAAGUUGGACUUCCCCGUCGGGAGAAUAUACUGCUAAGUGGGUGUAUAACAAAAUGUCAGCAUCAAUUACUUUCACUAUAUCGGCGAAAAUUUCAGGCAAUCAAUGGAUGGCAAUUGGAAUAAAUCCAGAACGCAGAAUGUUUAGUGACCGAGCAGAUGCCUACGUAGCGUGGUCAACGAACGGUGAGCUUCCGGUGACAGUAACUGACAGGCACCUCCGUAACUAUAUACCACCGGCACUGGAUGAUAAUCAGAAUUUAGUUAACAUAUCAGGAAGUGUUGUCGACGGCAGAACAACGGCAACCUUCACCCGUCCCCUAGUAACCAAUGACCCUCAAGACUUUGAUUUCGACGGAGAAAACUGCGCUUAUUUUUUAUUUGCCUGGGGUGGCACCGUAGAUUCAAAAGGCGCUUUUAAAUCUAAACAUAAUUCACAGAAAACUGCAUCUGGUCGCACAUAUUGUUUCACUUCUUGUGACGUCCCUGUGACCCCUCCUCCAGUAAUUACAGAUUUAAAGAGACGUGUGCCAUUUACAAUAAAACUGUUGCUGAACUGGGACCCAGCAUAUGGCGUUACUACAUCGGAUCCUUUCGAUGCUUUAGCUGCUGAUAUGAUAGAGUUUUUUGAGUCAAAGUUUAAAAAUCGUCUGCGUGGCUACCUUGGUGUGAUAGCCCUGAGGUUCAGACAAGGCAGCGUUUAUUGUGACGCAGCAGUUGACGUCAGCCGUUCUGGAGCUACCGAGGCCGCUAUCGAAGAAACAUUGAAAAAUGACGUCACAGAUAUUGUUAAGGACUUUGUAAAAGAGGGUCAAGGCGGGGGUUACGUGUUCAGCCCGACAUAUUACGCGGUCAGGGAUCCGAAAAAACUUGGAGAUACCAUGGACCUACCUGAAGAAGAAGAGAAAGAAGAAGCUAUCGGGACUGUUGGUAAAAUUAUCAUUGGUAUCACAAUUGCUGGAGUUCUCUUCCUUGUACUGCUAGUGAUUGGUACAUUUACAAAGCGCCACCUAGCGGAGGAGUCAACCUUAGAAGAUAAAAAUAAGUUUUACAGUAAUAACGUAGCAUAUAACAAUUGGCAAUCCAAUGCUAAUGUUAAACCAGCUGGAAAAAUGGUGUACUAUCCAACAGAUACUACAAACCACGGAGUGAUACUCAAAGAUCAACUAGCCAUGUCAAACCAGACCUACGCAAUGGGUGACCAGCACUAUGUGAGGUCUGGCAGCACAGCUUCAGCCUACUCCAACAGCCAUGUGCAGUCUAACAACCCAGUUGUACAUGUCAAAUUAGAAAAAGCGGGAGAUAGAUAUUCUGAAUAUGUAUACAUGUAAAUGUCAUGUAUGUGUUAACAUUCACGUUUACGAGUAAACAUUCACGCACGUUUUAGUAUAAACAUUUGCGUUUAUAUGUAAAAUUUUUGCAUUACGUGUCAACAUUCGAGUGGAUAUGUAAAUUUUUGUAUUUCUAUUUCACGUUAAUAUUUAAAAAUGUUUGCAUUUACGUGUAAAUAUUCGCGUUUAUAUGCAAACAUAUACAUAUUAAUGUGUAAACGUAUGUGUUUAUACGUAAGCAUGUGUUUUAAAAAAUGUAACAUUCACGUCUUUAUACAAACAUUUGCAUAUAAAAUUCACAUCAGCUGGCUAAGUCAGUUAUUUCCAUGUUGAUUGCGAUCUAUCCAGAUUUUUAAAGAUUUUUAAAGAACAUAAUGAAAGUCACAGUGCCAUAACAAGUAUAGAAUGAACGAUUAUUGCAAUUAUACUCUAUAAAAAUGUUUCAACUUAUUUAUAACUUAUUGUUUUGAACAACUGUUUAUUAUAACAUGCAGCUACUUUUGUUUGACACUGUACAGUUUUUUUUACUAUUAUGAUAAAUAAUCAGAUGCAUAAUCAUAUCAAGAAUCUCUUUUAUCAACAAGAUACACAAUUUGUGUUUUUGGGUUGUUAUAUUUUAUUUUUUUAGACAUUAACAAGUUUUAUUUAAAUUUUUAUUUCCUUGUUUGAAUAACAAGUAUUAUAGAAUUACCAUUUACAAGAACCUUACGAUUAAAUGUCCAUCCAUCAUGGAUUAGACUUAAAUGGUUUAUUUCUCAAUAUAAUUAUACUCACAUAAAAUAAUUCAUAGUAAACUAUACUAUUAACUUUCUGUGGUUUGAUUGUUUGACAGUUACAUGUAUUUGUAAACGUUUAUUUUCUGUAAAUUCCAGUUUUUCAAUACAUUUUCAAAUACCAUCAGUGGUUCAGUUUCGGCAAAGGACCUGUUCCUACUUAUUCAAUGUUGUUUUUCUAGAAAACCGGCAAUUUAAAAGAAAAGGAGAUGCCAACAGAUGGUUAGACACACAUUGCAUUAUAAUAUCAACAACAAAAAAAUAAAUGUCAGAGAUGAUCAAUGAAAACGGCAUUGAAGAAACAGGAACUAGCCCUGUACCGGAACUGGUUACUUGACUGUAAGCCAAUACAAUUAGUCACAUCUAAAGCUACUUUCUCUAAAACGGCUGUGCCGGUAAUUCAAUGUCUUUUGAGCUUAUAUUUCAGCAAUCUGUUUUUAAUACAUUUGCUUUGUUCAUCUACACAUUCACAUUACUUUAUAACGAGUAAAAGUGUUCAUUGGCAUAAUUAUGUGAUAUUACAAUAAACAUAUACUCAG